AUGGAACUGCUUCUGUUUAUCUGUGUCAGCUCCUACAGGUCUAUCAACGAUCUAGGUAUCUUCGUUCUAGCCAGCAAAACCCACUGGCUGUUCCAGGAUGGAAGCUUAAGUCUUUUGACUCCCGUUCCUUUAGUCGGUGGUCACUGUAACGCAUACUACAACAAGCGGAGGCACUGUGGCGCAUACUGCAACAAGCGGGGGCACUGUAACGCAUGCUGCAACUUGCGGGGGCACUGUAACGUACACUGCAACAAGCGGGGACACUGUGACACAUACUGCAACACGCGGGGUCACUGUAACGUACACUGCAACAAGCGGGGUCACUGUAACGUACACUGCAACAAGCGGGGGCCCUGUAACGUACACUACAACAAGCGGAGGCACUGUGACGCAUACUGCAACAAGCGGGGGCAUUGUGACGCAUACUGCAACAAGCGGGGGCACUGUAACGCAUACUGCAACAAGCGGGGUCACUGUAACACAUACUGCAAAAAGCGGGGUCACUGUAACGUACACUGCAACAAGCGGGGGCCCUGUAACGUACACUGCAACAAGCGGAGGCACUGUGACGCAUACUGCAACAAGCGGGGGCAUUGUGACGCAUACUGCAACAAGCGGGGGCACUGUAACGCAUACUGCAACAAGCGGAGGCACUGUAACACAUACUGCAACAAGCGGGGUCACUGUAACGUACACUGCAACAAGCGGGGUCACUGUAACGUACACUGCAACAAGCGGGGGUCCUGUAACGUACACUGCAACAAGCGGAGGCACUGUGACGCAUACUGCAACAAGCGGGGGCACUGUGACGCAUACUGCAACAAGCGGGGGCACUGUAACGCAUACUGCAACAAGCGGGGUCACUGUAACACAUACUGCAACAAGCGGGGUCACCGUAACGUACACUGCAACAAGCGGGGGCCCUGUAACGUACACUGCAACAAGCGGAGGCACUGUGACGCAUACUGCAACAAGCGGGGGCACUGUAACACAUACUGCAACAAGCGGGGUCACUGUAACGUACACUGCAACAAGCGGGGUCACUGUAACGUACACUGCAACAAGCGGGGGUCCUGUAACGUACACUGCAACAAGCGGAGGCACUGUGACGCAUACUGCAACAAGCGGGGGCAUUGUGACGCAUACUGCAACAAGCGGGGGCACUGUAACGCAUACUGCAACAAGCGGGGUCACUGUAACACAUACUGCAACAAGCGGGGUCACCGUAACGUACACUGCAACAAGCGGGGGCCCUGUAACGUACACUGCAACAAGCGGAGGCACUGUAACGCAUACUGCAACAAGCGGGGGCAUUGUGACGCAUACUGCAACAAGCGGGAGCACUGUAACGCAUACUGCAACAAGCGGGGUCACUGUAACGUACACUGCAACAAGCGGGGGCCCUGUAACGUACACUGCAACAAGCGGAGGCACUGUGACGCAUACUGCAACAAGCGGGGGCAUUGUGACGCAUACUGCAACAAGCGGAGGCACUGUAACGCAUACUGCAACAAGCGGAGGCACUGUGACGCAUACUGCAACAAGCGGAGGCACUGUGACGCAUACUGCAACAAGCGGGGGCAUUGUGACGCAUACUGCAACAAGCGAAGGCACUGUGACGCAUAUUGCAACAAGCGGAGGCACUGUAAGGCAUACUGCAACAAGCGGCGGCACUGUAACGCAUACUGCAACAAGCGGAGGUACUGUAACGCAUACUGA